UGGAGACAUCCCCCCGGAUCUCCCACCCUCGGAGCUCUUGUGAUCUAGGGGGGAGAAGGCUGAAAUACAGGGGGCGGGGCAUCAUACAGAGAAGGAGGAGCUUCCGGCCAUGGAGGAGGGGCCAUCUUCCAGUGGGUGUGGUUUAAUAGAGGUGGGUGGGGCUUGGGUAUCCGGAGGCCUCCUCUUUUUGGGAGUGGGUCUGGUUUGAAGCUGAACGGGAGGAGCCUAUGGGGGAAGGGGGCGGAACUUUGCGUGGGGACCGGGAUCUUUGGAAAUUGGCUGGAGGUGGUGGGGGAGGGUUCGAAGAGGCGAUCAACUUGGAAAGUGGGCCAAUCCGUGACGCAAAUCCUCUAGUCCCGCCCUCAACCCCGCCCCCCAUCGCUUCGCUCCUCUGCUCCUAAUUGGUUCUGGUUUCUCCGCCCGCCAGACGUCUUCGCCACUCCGCAGCAGUUUUACAAAGGCUCCAGUACCCGGGUGAGGACCUGAACGCUGAAAUGAACACGGCCUGGAUUGGGCACCUGUGAACCUUAUUUGCAUGGGUGAUCGGGAUUGGCUGGCCUCCCGGGUGACCUGGGCGGUGUUCGUCUGGCGCGUGACCAUCCACUGCCAUGGCGGGGCUGGGGACUGCUUUCCGCCGCCUGGGCGCCUUGUCCGGAGCUGGGGCUUUAGGCUUGGCCUCCUACGGGGCGCACGGCGCCCAAUUCCCAGAUGCCUACGGGAAGGAGCUCUUUGACAAAACCAACAAACACCACUUCUUUCACAGCCUGGCCCUGUUAGCAGUACCCCACUGCAGAAAGCCCCUCUGGGCUGGGUUACUACUGGCCUCCGGAACCACCUUAUUCUGCACCAGCUUUUAUUACCAGGCUCUGAGUGGAGACCCCAGCAUCCAGACUUUGGCCCCUGUGGGAGGGAGCCUGCUACUCUUGGGAUGGCUUGCCUUGGCUCUUUGAGCACUCUUGUUUAAUUACUAAGUUUUCUGGGUAAUUUUUUAAGAGUUGGAGCAGGAAAGGGAUUAAAAGGGAAAAGCAAAUAAA